CUCCCUCAGAAGCGUCCACCAUGCAGAAACUCUUGAUCCGCGGCGGGAAAGUGGUGAACGCGGACUUCUCGCAAGUGGCCGAUGUAUACAUCGAGGACGGGGUCGUGCGGGCGGUGGGGCCGCAUCUCGGGCAUUCUUCCGACGGAGUCCAGGUGCUGGAUGCCACGGACAAGCUGCUGCUUCCCGGCGGGAUCGACCCGCACACGCACAUGGAAUUCCCCUUCAUGGGGACGCGCACAAAAGACGACUUUUAUCAAGGAACGAAGGCUGCCCUUGCAGGAGGUACCACUAUGAUAAUAGACUUUGCAAUCGCUCAGAAAGGCUGUUCCCUCAUUGAAGCCUAUAACCAAUGGAGAAGCGCAGCUGAUUCUAAAGUCUGCUGUGAUUAUGCACUUCAUAUGAUCGUCUCAUGGUGCAGUGAGCAGGUCAAAGAGGAAAUGAAACUUCUUGCCAGGGAAAAGGGUAUCAAUUCAUUUAAAAUGUUUAUGGCAUAUAAAGAUGUCUACAUGAUUGGAGAUUCAGAAUUACACACCCUCUUCAGUCACUGUAAACAAAUUGGUGCAAUUGCUCAAGUCCAUGCGGAGAAUGGCGAUUUGAUUGCAGAGGGUGAAAAGAAGAUGCUGGCUUUGGGAAUAACUGGUCCAGAAGGACAUGAAAUGGCCCGACCAGAAGAAGUGGAAGCAGAAGCCACGUUGAGAGCUAUUACCAUUGCAAAUUCAGUAAAUUGCCCUCUCUAUAUUGUACAUGUGAUGAGUAAGUCUUCAGCCAAGAUAGUGGCAGAUGCCCGCAGGCAAGGCAAAGUUGUGUAUGGUGAGCCUAUAGCUGCAAGCCUUGGUACAAAUGGCACCCACUAUUGGCAUAAGGACUGGCCACAUGCAGCAGCUCACGUCAUGGCUCCUCCAUUGAGGCCUGAUGCUUCCACUCCAGACUUCCUCAUGAAUCUUCUAGCAAAUGGUGACUUGACUGUGACGGGAACAGAUAAUUGUACAUAUGAUAUCUGCCAGAAGGCUAUAGGAAAAGAUAAUUUCACAAAGAUCCCAUAUGGAGUGAAUGGAGUGGAAGACAGGAUGUCUGUGAUCUGGGAAAAAGGAGUGCACAGUGGCAAAAUGGAUGAAAACAGAUUUGUAGCCGUUACUAGCACAAAUGCAGCUAAAAUCUUUAACAUAUACCCAAAGAAGGGAAGAAUAGCUGUGGGCUCUGAUGCUGACAUUGUCAUUUGGGACCCCAAAGCUACAAGGACCAUUUCAGCAAAGACACAUCACCAGGGCACUGAUUUUAAUAUAUUUGAAGGAAUGCUCUGCCAUGGAGUUCCCCUUGUGACAAUUUUACGGGGCAAAGUGGCUUUUCAAAAUGGAACCUUUCAUAUCAAAGCAGGAGAGGGGAGAUUCGUUCCUUGUGACCCUUUCCCAGAAUAUGUUUACAAACGAAUCUGGCAACGGGAUCAGGAAUGUCAGCCUGUUGCUGUGAAGCGAGCACCGUAUAUGGGAAAAGUGGCUCCAUUCUCCACUGCAUCAAAAUAAUUUCAUGAUAUACUUAGUAUUCUUCAGGCCGAAACAGUUGCAAUUCUUGAUUUGUGUGUUUGAAGAUUUCUGGAUGAUACAACCAUCUGGUGAAACGGCACUGGCCAUUGGUGUUGCAAUCAUUGCUAAAUCUUACAAAAUUACAGCAAGAUCCUCCCUCUGUUCACAUAUUUUGACUUUUAGAGAAAUUACUGUUGUUUUUUUAGCACAUGAUAACCUUGUUCUCAAGUCUUCUUUUAGUGCCUGAUUUAUAGCAAAUACAGCUAUCCGAUUAGCUUUCAUAGAGCACCUGCCAGGACUGUCUGCUAGAAUAAAAUCUGGACAGGAUGAAUUAUUUGAUCUGAGCAAGAUGCAGCCCCUUAACUGCUGUUUAACUCAACUGUCUUUGAAAUAAAUGUUUCCAGGUUUAUGGCAUGAGU